UCCCUUUUUACUUCUCUCCCAAAUUUACCUGAUAAAUUGGAACUUGAUGUCGAUCCUCCGAGAGUUGGAGCACUUUAGAAUUCCAUUGAAAGACAUACAGGAAGCCACCAAUAACUUCGAUCAAGAAAAUUUCAUUGGAGUGGGUGGUUAUGGGAAGGUGCAUAAAGGAAAACUUGCACUCUCUAACGGGGUUGUCAUGGUGGCAGCAAAGCAGGUUGAUCGAACAACUAGACAUGGAAAAGACCAUUUCCUAAAUGAGAUCAGAGUGCUUUCUUCAUAUAAACACGCAAAUAUUGUCUCUUUUAUUGGCUUCUGUGAUGAGAAUAAUGAGAAGAUCCUUGUUCAGGAGUUUGUGACAAAUGGAAGCCUUGACAAAUAUGUGAGUAGUGCAAAGCUCACAUGGUUGAAGCGUCUCCAAAUUUGUCUGGGUGCAGCUCGUGGCUUGGAAUAUCUUCACAAUGGUGUCAAAGGCCAGAGUGGUGUCCUUCACCGUGACCUGAGGAGCAGAACCAUUCUAUUAGACCAAGGUUGGCAGGCAAAGAUAGGUGGUUUUGGGCUCUCCAUGAUGGCUUCUAUGGAUUCGACCAUUUUCGGUAUCUUUGGGGCACCAGGCUAUAUGGACCCAGAAUACAUACAAACUGGCAUUGUAGCAAAAGAGUCAGAUGUAUACUCUUUUGGGGUGGUAUUAUAUGAAGUCCUAUGUGGAAGGCUAGCAUAUGAAACAUAUGAAGAUCACAAACAACUUCUUGGUCCAUUUGCUCGUCACCAUUAUGAAGUGGGGAAAUUAAACGAGAUCAUAGAUCCCAUUCUGAGGGAACAAAUGAACCCAGAUUCCUUGGAGGCUUUUUCAGUUAUUGCAUAUCAAUGCCUAGAAAAGUAUAAAUCCAAACGGCCAACGAUGAAUCAAAUUGUGCAAAAACUUGAGCAAGUCUUGGGACUUCAACAAGAAUUUGAGAAGGCAUUAGCACUGCAAAAAGUUGCCCUUGAUUUGGAAGGAAAACAAGAAGAUGAUCACUCUUACAAGGUGAAAAACCUGGAAUACAUGAAAAUUCCAUUAGAACAGAUAAAGUUGGCAACUCGUGAUUUUCAUGAUGAUUCUAUUAUCGGACAUGGUGGAUAUGGGAAAGUGUACAAAACCGAUCUCUUCCACUUUGAUGUACAAAAAUACGUCCAAGAGAAUAUGUUUCAGCGAGUGUCAAUGGUUGAACUCUCUGACUACCAAAGAAGAAAAAGCACAGUUGCUGUUAAGCGAUUAGAUCGUAGAUACGGACAAGGAACUGCCGAGUUCUUGCAAGAAAUUUCAGUGCUUCCUUAUUUUAGGCACCCAAAUCUUAUCACUCUUCUUGGCUUUUGCGAUGAAGGUCAGGAGCGUAUUCUUGUAUACGAGUAUGCCUCAAAGGGAAGCCUUGAUGCAUAUAUUUGUAGUACUGAUACCAAGAAAAAUCACACAUGGGCGCAACGGUUGCAGAUUUGCCUUGAUGCAGCCCGUGGGAUUGAAUUUCUCCAUAAUGGUGUUGGAGAGUAUCACAGGAUAAUACAUCGCGAUAUAAAGAGCUCAAAUAUUCUAUUGGGUCAGAAUUGGGUAGGAAAGAUUAGUGACUUUGGGUUGUCAAGAAUCGGCCCUGCAAAUCUGCAAGCCACCUUUGUCAUGACUCAAGUUGCAGGCACACUCGAAUAUGUUGAUCCACAAUACCACAAGACAGGUGUGUUGACAAAGGGGUCUGAUGUGUACUCCUUUGGAGUGGUUCUAUUCGAAGUAUUGAGUGGAAGGUUGGCGUAUUUUCAAAAGUCCAAAGAUGACCAAGAAUUUUUACCCCACAUGGCCAAACGUUGUUUUGAGCAGAAGAAGGUCAAUGAGAUUGUUGAUCCUAAGUUGAAGAAAGAAUUUGAAAAAGGUUCUUCCACUUUUGAUGAUGAAACCUGUCCAAAUUCCAUAAGUAUAUUUGCAACAAUUGCAUAUAAAUGCUUGCAAGAAAAACGAGAUGGACGCCCCACAAUGCUUGAUGUCGUGGAAGAACUUGAAAAAGCAUUGAAAUCUCAUGUAAAAGGAGUGGAAGCUCUAAGAACUUCAUUUGAUGCAAUUAGAUUUGCCACAAAUGAUUUUAGUGAUAUAAUGGAGCACAAAGAAUAUGGCAAGGCGUAUAGAGGAGAACUUUCUCAUCCCAGGGGAAGCAACGCUGUUGUUGUAAAGAGGCUCGAUCCUCUAGCGUCUUCAUAUGGAAACGAAUUUUAUAAAGAGAUUGCCAUACUUUAUAGUUAUAGCCACAAGAAUAUCAUUCCUCUUUUAGGAUUUUGUGAAGAGGCGAACGAGAGGAUUGUUCUUUUUGAGCAUAUGGUCAACGGAAGUUUGAAAGAGCAUGUGAAAAGUGCUAGCCUAACAUGGAAACAACGGCUGAAGAUAUGCGUUGAAGCUGCACGUGGGCUAGCUUACAUUCAUAGUAGUGGUGCUGAUACCAGACACUCAAUUCAUGGCGACAUAAAAAGCAGCAGCAUUUUACUAAAUGAUGAAUGGGAAGCUGUUAUUUCUGAUCUCAUCAUACCCAAAGGUGUAGGCACGUUAGGCUAUUAUGAUCCACUCUAUGCAACCACAGGCAUCCUAACCCAUAAAUCAGAUGUCUACUCCUUUGGCGUGGUCUUAUUUGAAGUCUUAUCUGGGAGAUUUGCAAUUGAAACACUUAAAAUGGAUCAGCAAGAUCCAUGCCAUGAAUUUGAAGACCAGAAAAGAGGGGCAAAUGGAGAUGGUCAAAUGAUUUUUCUUGCACGGUUGGCUGCAUAUUGCUUCAAAAAUAAAAAAUUAGAUGGUAUUAUUUUUCAUGAUAUCAAGGGACAACUUGAUGCAAAAUCCUUGGUUAUCUUUUCAACUAUUGCCUAUCGUUGCUUGAAAGAACAGUUAGAGGAGCGUCCAACAAUAGGGGAGGUUGUAAAAGAACUUGAGAAAGCCUUCGAAUGUCAAGAUGAGUCCGAAUGGGAGAAAAAGCUGCCAAGAGAUUAUGAAAAAAUAAUCCAAAUGUCAAAAUAUCCUGUGCCCAAUACAAGCACCAAGAAGGAUCUCCAUUCCCUGCUUUCUUCAGGAAUCCUCCUUCACAAUGAACAGCUGUGGUUUUCAAUAAGCACUGAUGGAGUGACAAAAGAAAUGGUAUCAGCAACAAAGUUUUCAUACAAAAAUGUGAAGUGGAGAUCUAUACGAAAAUCGAGGUUUUCAAAGGUUGCAAGGGUUUCCGAUAUCUCAAAUCUCAAUAUCCAAAUUCAGAUAAAACCUCAAUUUUUAACUCAAGAUAUCAUGUACGGUGCUUACCUAGUGUUCAAGUUUUAUGAUCGAAGAAAGGUUUCUAGCCAGCCAUUAUAUGUGAACCUAAAAUACAAGAAGGCAGGUGAAACACUAAAUGCAUAUUUUGCGGAGUGGAGAGCCGAAGGAAAGUGGUUGACAAUCGAACUGUUCCGAUUCUGGAAUAAUAACGAAACAACCUAUUUUGAUGUUGUACUAGAGAGUUUCUCUCGUUAUUAUUGCGGCAAUUGUGGCAUCUUUGUUGAAGGCAUAGAGUUUCAGGCCAUUCGUAGCGUGGAUUGUAUCGAGAAUAAAGAACUGAAUGUUGAAAAGAACUUACGAACACUUUCGAGACCCGAGUUGGACAUGGGCUGGAUGGAACAAAUGGCAACUGAAUGUCAAGAAAUAAUCAACAGGUCUGAACAGGUGUUUUCACGCAAAGUGAAUGGGAAGAGAUGCCAUAUGCUACCUGCAAAAGCGGUUAUAUACGACCCUUCAAAUGUAAAGUCCUACAGUCGAAAACCUGAUCAACCCCAAUCCAGAUUUGCAGAGUCUGUCGAGAUUCUCUCACGCCAUGAAUUGCGUAUCAAAUGUGACAUUGAAAAACAAAUGCUCUCAUCAGAUACGACGUAUGCUUGUUUCCUUGUGUUCAAGCUUUCAGAAAAAUGUCGUGGGCUUAAGUGUCCAGUGAAGGCGCGGGAUCUACUACCCUAUAAAAAUCACGAGAGAACCAAAAUCAUAUCUUUCACGUCGCCGAGCACAGUGAAUUUGGACAAAAUUAAAUGGAUUCCAAAACAAAGGGAAGAUGGGUGGAUGGAGGUUAUAGUGUGGGAAACUAUAUCUAAUAUGCAUAAUGGUGAGCUUAUUCCUAUGGAUUUGAAGCUUAUAAGUUUUGAAGGAACCAUGUUUGGUCUUGUUGUAUGUGGCAUUGAGUUUCGUCCUAUCUAAGAGUAAAUGCAUGCAAUCAC